AUGUCUAAUUUCGACCGACUUAUCCAAGGACAAGCCUCUAAUGGCAAUUGUCGAGGUCAGCUUUCGAAGGCCUACGUGAAUAACUUUAAACUUUCACUUCCAGAGGCCUCAAAUACUCCCUAUCAUCCUAAUGGUCAUACCCCAGAUUCAAUCAAUGGAAAUAUGUCUAAUUUUGCCUAUUCUCUUCCAAUUAGCGCCACCUCAGACAUUCGAUCGAGUCAAAAAGAAUCAUAUUCAAAAGAGCUGGUUAGAUCUUCUAAAGAAUCUAGUAGUGGCUUUAUGUUACUCAGUGUCAAGCAUUCAAAAGUUAAGCGUGAAAAUCGGGGUCAGUUUGGAGUAUUUGAUAAUGCUAGAAAAAAUGUUCAGCUUCGUCCGACUUUGUCAUCUCGUGUGAACGCUGGUUUUGAUGGAGACGUCUUUGCCGAAGGUCUUUGUUCUAGUUCUGUCUAUACUGCUGAAUAUGAUGAUGAGGAAGAUGAGGCUUACGAUGAAGAUGAUGAGGAAAUUACGGUUGAUGAGGCAACAUUGGUCCUUGAUAAUAGCCCACAGCUAAAUAAACCAUUGGAGAAUAUUGAUAAUGGUUGCUCCGCUUCUGCAUAUUUUACUGGAACCUAUAAGUCUGCUGCUUCUGUCAAUGAACCUAUGAACCAUUUGGUCGAUUCGAUCAAUAGUGGACAGCUAAACCAACAAGGUACUGUAACAAAUGAUCAAGAAAGAGCCGCAUUGUCC